AUGUACCCCCGACGUCUCUUCCACAUCCUCUGGCUCGCCACAGCGGUGACAGCGAAGUGGAUCGUUCCGGGAGCUCGAUGCCAUGACACCGAUGGAAACAUCUUCAACGCUCACGCUGGUGGACUUGCCGUUGACCAAGCGACUGGCAGGUUCUACUGGUUUGGAGAGUACAAAGUUGAGGGACAAGUCGAGGGUGGCGGUGUUUCCGUGUACAGCUCGGACGACUUGGCGACCUGGACUUCACAUGGCCUCGCGCUUGCGCCGGUUGAGGACCAUCCCUACGUCUCCUCUCACAAUCGUAUCCAGCGUCCAAAGGUCAUAUACAGCAAAGAGACUGGCCAGUAUCAUAUGUGGUGGCACGUCGACGACUCCAAGUACAGCCUACUGCUUCAAGGGCUCGCUACCUCCGAUAGUAUCGCCGGUCCCUACACCUUCCAGAAAGCGAUCUCGCCCCUGGGCAACUGGUCGCAAGACUUUGGGGCGUUCACGGACUACAAGACGGGAGAGUCGUAUGCUCUUUAUUCGAACGGCGACCGCCCCGAAGGACGUGAUGUGUAUGUUAGCAAGUUCAACAGAAACCUAACAGAUGUCGAAGAAGUCACCUUUCGGUUUGACAAGUAUGACUUUGAGGCGCCGACGAUUCUGCAAACUGAGAAGAGUUACUUUGCACUGAUGAGUCACAAGACGGGGUAUCGUCCCAACAGUGAGUGA